AUGCGAGUCCACAUUGCUCUCAAGCUCGCAUUGGGUUGCGCAAUCGCCUUGAGUUCUAUCUCGUUGGUCAAGUCUUUGGGCUUCAAAGCUUUACUCCACAACUUUUUCUCGGAUGAUGACACCACCGGUAGACAGGCAGAGACGAAGUACAUCGACGACCGAACGUGUGAAUACAAGUGGUCUUCGUUGAGCUGCGAGCCGAAAGACAAGUGCUCUAUUCAGUACCAAUUUGGUGACGUGACGGCAUCUCAAGCAUGCCGAGUGACUGAUAACACUGACCACUCUCGAACCCCACAGCAAUUUCACUUGGCUUUCGCCGGAAAGGAGGCUGGCACCGGUAUGGCGAUCUCCUGGACUACGUUUGCGCCCGUGAGUGAUCCUGCCGUGUGGAUCGGAUCGAGCAAAAGCGACGUUGUUCUAGUAAAGACUGCGACGAUUGAAGUCAAGCAGUACUUCAAGACGAAGGGCUACACUUUGUUCAGCCACCACGCUGUUGUGACCGAUCUCGAUCCAUUCACUGAAUACUUUUAUAAGGUAGGCAGUGCUGCGACUGCGAAGUUCCAAAGCGCUGUAAGCUCGUUUACGACGGCCCGUUCCAGUGGUGACACAAGUCCGUUCGUCGUGGCGGUCUUUGGAGACAUGGGCACGGAAACAAACUCCAUCGCAACUAACAAGUUCGUCAAUGGCUUGAAUGGCAAGGCCGAGUUCAUCUACCAUCUUGGCGACAUUUCGUACGCCGACAACGACUUCUUGACUGCAAAGACUGCGUUCGGCUUUUUUUACGAAGAGAUCUGGAACAAGUACAUGAACUCGCUCACCGCUGUCAUGCGUCGCAUGGCGUACAUGGUCGUCGUUGGUAACCAUGAGGCUGAAUGCCACUCGCCGACUUGUUUGGUAUCAAAGUCCUUGAAGGAUCAGCUUGGCAACUACAGCGCCUUUAACGCGCGCUUUCGGAUGCCGUCACCGGAAAGCGGCGGCGUACUUAACAUGUGGUACUCGUUCGACUACGCGUCUGUGCACUUUACGACCAUCUCCUCCGAGACCGACUUCCCGGAUGCACCGACAAAUGCUUACUACACUCAGCGAACGUACGGGAAUUUCGGCAACCAGUUGGGGUGGCUAGAGGCCGAUCUGAAGGCCGCCCAUGCCAACCGUGACAAAGUGCCCUGGAUAGUUGUUGGCAUGCACCGUCCUCUCUACACGAUGCGGUCAUGCGAUGCUAACGGUGUGCCCACUAACAAGUUUGAGGCGUUGAAAGUGCAAAAGGCAUUUGAGCAGCUCCUGAUCAAGUACGAAGUGGAUCUGGUGUACCACGGCCACGUGCAUUCCUACGAGCGACUCUACCCGACAGCUAACAGCAAACCGGUCAUGGAGGGGGUAUCAGAAAAAGGCAGAUUGUACACUAAUCCACGAGCUCCUGUAUAUGUUAUCGCGGGCUCCGCCGGUAACUCCGAAGGUUUGACCCAGUACGAGAAGCAACCAAAACCGAAAUGGAUCGCUCACUUGGACGCCACACACUUUGGCAUCACCACAAUCACCGUAACUCCGUCAACUUUGACAGUAACGUUCGUUGAGGCUGCCACGGGAAAGGUGUUUGACGAAUUCAAUAUUGUCAAGGAUCUUGCAGGAAACGACUCGACUAUACAGUCGUGA